UCUCCUUUUUUUUUUCUUUCUUUUUUUGUAUAUAAAAAAUCCCUAAAUUUCCGUCGUAUGUAACGGAAUAAAUAAAACAGCGUACGGCGUCAUCCGGCAAAUCUCCCCCCGCUCGAGCCAUCCAUCAAGCCACGGAGGAGAGACAGACUCAUCGCUUCCCCUCCAUUAUAGAAAACCUUUCCGGAGAUUCAUCGUCUAGCUACGCACUCAUUUCCUGGUGGUCGGAUUCGCGUGUCAACGGAGCUGGAAGCAGCAAUAGCUUUUUUUUUUCUUCUUCUCCACCUCUCUUCCUCUUUUCACAGGUGUUUGAUUAUCUAUCAAAAAGCCAUGGUUCUUGACGGGAUGGUGUCUUCACCAUCAAGGAGAACACAGUCUCUAAAGAAGCAGUGGGAAGAUUUGGGUAGCUGCUCCACCGUUGUCAACAGGCAUCGAUAUCUCUUGACUGCUUUGCUUCUUUUGGCCUUUCUCUGCACUGUUUAUCUUUACUUUGCUGUCACUUUAGGCGCUAGCCACUCCUCCUGCUAUGGCUUGACCGGUAAAGCCAAGGCAAUGUGUCAAUUGCAAGCUAUCUCCAAAGGGAAGCUGAAAUUUUUCUAGAGUGUGAGAGAGAGAGAACCGAACCUCCGUGAUGGCUCUUUGCCCUACUACUACAUUCUUUUUUUUUGUUUUUAUUGAUUCUAUUUGUGACAUUUGUGUGUAUUAUAAUAUUAUUACAUGGUGAAAAAUACCAGAGAUUUAUAAUCGGAAACAUAAUUCAUUUUGUUCAUGAAUGAAAAGAAAAAUGAAGUUUCUUACAGGUUUU